AUGGAAAAGGAAAAUUGGACAGUAGUCACUGAGUUCGUCUUUCUGAGAUUCACUAGCUGGCCAAAUGUACAGAUAGUGCUUUUCACAUUAUUUCUUAUCAUUUAUCUCCUCUCACUUGUGGGCAAUGUUCUUAUUCUCAUCAUUGUUUUAGUUGAUUCAUAUCUUCAUAGUACCAUGUACUUCUUCAUUAGCAACCUCUCAGUAGUGGAAACCUGGUACACAACAGUCACAGUAUCUAAAACAUUAGCCAACUUCUUGAUGGAGAAACGCACCGUCUCUGCUUCAAGCUGCAUUGCUCAAUAUUACUUCUUCUUCUCUUUUGCUGCCAUCGAACUGUUCCUCCUUACAGUCAUGGCAUAUGACCGCUACCUGGCCAUCUGUAAAGCAUUACAUUAUUCCACUAUCAUGAACCCAAAGACCUGCCAUAACUUAGCCUUGAUCUGUUGGUUGUCAGGAUUCAUCUGCCCUAUUUUUCCUUCCACCUUGUUCUCCAGGAUUUCUUUCUGCACAAAAAAAAUCAACCAUUUCUUCUGUGAUGCUGAUCAGCUCUUCUGACUUUCAUGGAGUGACACGUACAGCAUACAAAUCGUGGGCUAUACUUUCAGCACCAUCAUUAUAAUGUCCUCUGUCCUUUUCAUCAUGACUUCGUACCUCCAAAUCAUCAUGACUGUCCUGGAGGUAACAUCAGGUGCUGCAUGCAAAAAGACAUUUUCUACCUGUGCCUCACAUCUCUCUGUUGUCACCAUCUAUUUUGGGACUCUUAUCUUUAUGUAUGUCCGGCCUGCAGUGAAAUAUGAGUCUGAUACCAAUAAAGUGGUGGGUUUUUAUUCAGUAAUUACACCAUUGCUGAAUCCAGUAAUAUAGACACUAAGGAAUAAGGAUGUGAAACUAGCCAUAAUAAAAACUUUCUUAAGGAAUAAAGGUCAAGUUUUGGAAAUUUCAACCUCUUUUCUCAAAUGA